AUGCACUGUAAGAGCACCGCUCGAUAUAAACACAGGAGGCUUUUACCAGGGUGGCCGCAUUGGAUAAGCUUUUCCCAGUCUCUAAUGGAUUCAAACGGCUUACCGGCUAGUCCCCCUGAAGUUGAUUAUAAACCAAGUCAGCCACAGUCACCUCAAACUGACUACUUUGGCUGGCUGAAGUCCACACUUUCUCAGUCAGCUGAUGUGUGGAGUCACAUCAAGCGUGAUGUUUCCGAGGUGGCUCAGACUGUCGCCGCAAGCGAUCCCCUGACUGCUGCCAAAGGAACCGCCACUUCUGUUUACCGCCAGUUCUCUGAUGCUCUUCAUACUCUUCAGCAAGAGGGUUCAAAAGCUGAACCACCUCCAUCUGAUCCAGUCGCCUCAACUGUUGACGAUGACGGGGAUCUAACCGUUCCUUUCUCGAACCUCAAGUCCUCCUUCUCGAGCUUUGUCGGUGCCUUGGGAAAGGGUAUCUCCGAACUUACCGGCGGAUCGUUUAACUUUUUCGGUGGUCCUGACCCCGGAAAUUUUGGGGAUAAUCGUGAUGCCUGUAUUGAUGUAAUCCGCUCAGACCCAUCCACUUACGAGCGGCCGCCAUCCAGCCAGAAGGACAUUUUAUCCUACUCAGAAUGGCGGAGCAACUUUUUCGACGAGCACACUUGCCGUCCCCGUCCCGACAUCCCUGUUUUCGAGGGUGACACACUUCCUACCACUAUUCCCGCCACCACCGCCACCUACCCUUCACCGUCACAGGUGCUGGAGGCUAGCCCCAUUGUUCGCAGCCACCUCCUCCGACUCGUCGAUCCUGUCGGUGGCGGAACAGAUUCCGGUGGGGAUAGUGAUGGCAAUUUGAGCGAGGCUGACUUCUGGUCGCGCUACUACUACCAUGUUUGGCGUUUCGAUGUCCUCAGCCUGAGGUGUACACGUCUCACGAGAAUCUAUGCGGCUUCUGCUGCAACGAUGACAUUGGAAAGGGCAGAUGAAGUGGAGGCAUGGCCUGAUUUAGAAGUUGAAGAAAAGAUUGAGGAGGCGAAGGAUGUGGCAAUGUCGACUUCAGAUGCAUUGAAGUCGACCGAAGAAAUUGAACUGCCUGACACUCUGACAAAUUCUUUACGUGAAGCUCAAUCACCUAAGGAUCCCAGUACAGAGUACUCUACUCCCGCUAGCAGUGUUGUUAUGGUUACGAAGGAGGAGGCAGUGGAGGCCAAUGAGGGAGAUGAUGAGGAGGACGAAGAGUUAACGCAACAGUUACCUUUGAAAUGCGCAGCAGGUGGCCUGCGAGAUAUAGAAGAAAGAGAAGAAGAAGAAGAUGGAAUUCAGCUGUCUAUAGAAUAUCUUCAAGAAGAGGAAGCAAAAUUGAGAGCGGAGCUGGGAAGUGAAGAGGAUGAUAAAUCGGAGGCGAGUAGUGACUGGGAGAAGUGGUCGUAG